AUGGGGGCAGACGGGGAGACGGUGGGCCUGAAGAACAUGCUCCUUGGCGUCAACCUGAUCCUCCUGGGCUCCAUGCUCAAGCCCUCGGAGUGCCACCUGGAGGUCCCCACAGAAGGGGGCCAGAAACAGGCGGCGGAGGAGGGAGGCGUCACCAGCUACAAUGCAUCCGACAAAGAGCCGCCCGUGGUCUUCAACCACGUGUACAACAUCAAUGUGCCCCUGGACAGCCUCUGCUCCUCGGGGCUGGAGGCCUCGGCCGAGCAGGAGGUGAGUGCGGAAGACGAGGCGCCGGCCGAGUACCUGGGCCAGACCUCCGACCAGGAGACCCAGGUCACCUUCACCCACAGGAUCAACCUGCCCAAAAAGGCCUGCCCGUGCGCCGGCUCAGGCCAGGUGCUGCAGGAGCUGCUGAGCCGCAUCGAGAUGCUGGAGAGGGAGGUGUCGGUGCUGCGGGGCCGGUGCGGCAGCUGCUGCCCAGAAAGUGCGGCCACAGGACAACUGGACUAUAUUCCUCACUGCAGUGGCCACGGCAACUUCAGCCUCGAGUCCUGUGGCUGCGUCUGCCACGAAGGCUGGUUUGGCAAGAACUGCUCGGAGCCCUACUGCCCCCUGGGCUGCUCCAGCCGGGGCGUGUGUGUGGACGGCCAGUGCGUCUGCCACAGUGAGUACGGAGGUGACGACUGCUCGGAGCUCCGGUGCCCCUCAGACUGCAGCUCCCGGGGGCUCUGCGUGGACGGGGAGUGUGUGUGCGAGGAGCCCUACACGGGCGAGGACUGCAGCGAGCUGAGGUGCCCCGGGGACUGCUCCGGGAAGGGGAGAUGCGCCAACGGAACCUGCUUGUGCCAGGAGGGCUACGUCGGCGAGGACUGCGGCCAGCGGAGGUGUCUGAACGCCUGCCGCGGGCGAGGACUCUGCCGGGAGGGGGUCUGCUUCUGCGAGGAGGGCUACCUGGGCCCCGACUGCUCUGCAGCUGCCCCUCCAGAGGACUUGCGAGUGGCUGGUAUCAGCGACAGGUCCAUUGAGCUGGAAUGGGACGGGCCGAUGGCAGUGACGGAAUAUGUGAUCUCUUACCAGCCGACGGCCCUGGGGGGCCUCCAGCUCCAGCAGCGGGUGCCCGGAGAUUGGCGUGGGGUCACCAUCACGGAGCUGGAGCCAGGUCUCACCUACAACGUCAGCGUCUACGCUGUCAUUAGCAACACACUCAGCCUUCCGAUCACUGCCAAGGUGGCCACCCAUCUCUCCACGCCUCAGGGGCUGCGCUUCAAGACCAUCACGGAGACCACCGUGGAGGUGCAGUGGGAACCCUUCUCCUUCCCCUUCGAUGGGUGGGAGAUCAGCUUCAUCCCAAAGAACAAUGAAGGAGGGGUCAUUGCCCAGCUCCCCAGCGAUGUCACAUCCUUCAACCAGACGGGACUGAAGCCUGGGGAGGAAUAUAUUGUCAACGUGGUGGCACUGAAAGAGCAAGCCCGCAGCCCCCCCACCUCGGCCAGCGUCGCCACUGUCAUUGAUGGGCCCACCCAGAUCCUGGUUCGCGAUGUCUCUGACACCGUGGCUUUCGUGGAGUGGACCCCGCCUCGAGCCAAAGUCGACUUCAUCCUCCUGAAGUACGGCUUGGUGGGCGGGGAAGGCGGGAGGACCACCUUCCGGCUGCAGCCUCCCCUGAGCCAGUACUCGGUCCAGGCCCUGCGGCCCGGCUCCCGCUACCAGGUGUGGGUCAGUGCUGCCCGCGGGACCAAUGAGAGCGAGGCCUCCACCACCCAGUUCACAACAGAGAUUGACGCCCCCAAGAACCUGCGGGUCGGCUCCCGCACCGCCACCAGCCUUGCCCUCGAGUGGGACAACAGUGAAGCGGAAGUUCGGGAAUACAAGGUUGUGUACAGCACCCUGGCGGGGGAGCAGUACCACGAGCUGCUGGUCCCCAAGAGCGUCGGUCCCACCAGCAGAGCCACCCUCUCCGAUCUGGUACCUGGCACUGAGUAUGGGGUUGGAAUAUCCGCUGUCAUGAACUCUCAGCAAAGCAUACCAGCCACUAUGAAUGCCAGGACCGAACUUGACAGUCCUCGAGACCUCAUGGUGACAGCCUCCUCGGAGACCUCCAUCUCCCUCAUCUGGACCAAGGCCAGCGGCCCCAUUGACCACUACCGGAUUACCUUCACCCCAUCCUCUGGGAUCGCCUCAGAAGUCACCGUGCCCAGGGACAGGACCUCGUACACCCUGACCGAUCUGGAGCCCGGGGCAGAGUACAUCAUCUCGGUCACUGCGGAGCGAGGUCGGCAGCAGAGCUUGGAGUCCACCGUGGACGCCUUCACAGGCUUCCGCCCCAUCUCGCAUCUGCACUUUUCUCACGUGACCUCCUCCAGCGUGAACAUCACCUGGAGUGACCCAUCCCCUCCGGCAGACAGACUCAUCCUGAACUACAGCCCCCGGGAUGAAGAGGAAGACAUGACAGAGGUCUCCCUGGAUGCCACCAAGAGGCAUGCCGUCCUGAUGGGCUUGCAGCCGGCCACCGAGUACAUCGUGAACCUGGUGGCGGUGCACGGCACCGUGACCUCUGAGCCCAUCGUGGGCUCCAUCACCACAGGAAUUGACCCCCCCAAAGACAUCACAAUUAGCAACGUGACCAAGGACUCAGUGGUGGUGUCCUGGAGCCCUCCUGUCGCAUCGUUUGAUUACUACCGCGUCUCGUAUCGGCCAACACAAGUGGGGCGGCUGGACAGCUCAGUGGUGCCCAACACUGUGACAGAAUUCACCAUCACCAAGCUGUACCCAGCUACUGAAUAUGAAAUCAGCCUUAACAGUGUGCGGGGCAGAGAGGAGAGUGAGCGUGUCUGCACUCUCAUGCACACAGCCAUGGACAACCCCGUGGACCUGACUGCCACCAACAUCACUCCGACGGAAGCCCUGCUGCAGUGGAAGGCACCCGUGGGCGAGGUGGAGAGCUACGUCAUCGUCCUCACCUGCCUCGCGGUGGCUGGAGAGACCAUCCUGGUGGACGGAGGCAGUGAGGAAUUCCAGCUCACCGACCUGCUCCCCAGCACCCACUACACCGUCAGCAUGUACGCCACCAGCGGGCCGCUCACCAGCGGCACCAUCAGCACCAACUUCUCUACGUUCCUGGACCCUCCUGCAAACCUGACAGCCAGUGAGGUCACCAGGCAAAGUGCCCUGAUCUCCUGGCAGCCCCCCAGGGCCGAGAUUGAGAACUACGUCUUGACCUACAAGUCCGCCGAAGGAAGCCACAAGGAGCUGAUUGUGGAUGCAGAGGACACGUGGAUCCGGCUGGACGGCCUGUCCGAGAACACGGACUACAUGGUGCUCCUGCAAGCGGCCCAGGACACCGAGAGGAGCAGCCUCACCUCCACCGCCUUCACCACAGGGGGCCGGGUAUUCCCUCAUCCUCAAGACUGUGCCCAGCAUUUGAUGAAUGGUGACACUCUGAGUGGGGUUUACACCAUCUUCCUCCGUGGAGAGGUCGGCCAGAAGCUGCAGGUGUACUGCGACAUGACCACAGACGGGGGUGGCUGGAUCGUGUUCCAGAGGCGGCAGGACGGCCAAACUGACUUUUUCCGGAAAUGGGCCGAGUACCGUGUGGGCUUCGGGAACCUGGAGGAUGAGUUCUGGCUGGGGCUGGACAACAUCCACAGGAUCUCGGCCCAGGGCCGCUACGAGCUGCGCGUGGACAUGCGGGACGGCCAGGAGGCCGCCUUCGCCUACUACGACAAGUUCUCCGUGGAGGACAGCAGGAGCCUGUACAAACUCCGCAUAGGAGGCUACAACGGCACGGCAGGGGACUCCCUCAGCUAUCAUCAGGGACGCCCUUUCUCCACCAAGGACAGAGACAACGACAUCGCGGUCACCAACUGCGCCCUGUCGUACAAGGGGGCGUGGUGGUAUAAGAACUGCCACCGGACCAACCUCAACGGGAAGUACGGAGAGUCCAGGCACAGUCAGGGGAUCAACUGGUACCACUGGAAAGGCCACGAGUUCUCCAUCCCCUUCGUGGAGAUGAAGAUGCGGCCCUACAACCACCGGCCCGCGGCGGGGCGGAAACGGCGGGCCGCGCCCUUCUGA